GAGAAUAAAAUGGAGCAUGAAAAUGGUAUUGCUACAACUCCCUCGUUACCUUCUGGCAAUAUUAUAAUGCCUAUUAAAAAAGCGAAAUCGAAAAGACCGAAAAAGUGUGACUAUGACAACCAAAACAUUUCAAUGAAAAGAAGUUUUAGUAAAUUUGACAACUUGCAAAAACGCAAUCUUAUUCACGUACGUUCACGAGAUUCUAGUAAAGCCCAAGAAAUUUUUCGUAAUCCAACUACAGAGCAGCGGGAAAACUGUCGGCAAUGCGGUAAACCUGUAUAUAAAAUGGAGGAAGCCAUUCUCCAGUUUAAAAAGGAAAAAGUUAUUUUCCAUAAAAUCUGCUUACGUUGCAGGGACUGUUCGAAACAACUAAAACCUGAGAGCUAUCAUGUUCAUAAUGGUAACCUCUUCUGCACCGUUCACUUCAAGUUAAUCUUUGCGCCCAAAAUAAUUCAUGAAGAAUCUAAGCCACGCAAACCUGAGCUUAUAAUACGUGAGAAUCAACCUAUUGAAUUACCCCCAGAUGUCGCACGAGCAUCCGAUAAGCCGAAUCUUGGACUUGAGGAACUUCAACAACUAAAUGUCCGCUCAAGAUAUCAAGUCUUUGAAAAUGGAUAUAGAACUGAUAACAAUGAUGACCAUAUUCAAACGCUACAACGCCAGGAUUCAAAUAUUACGAAAAGUACGUCCAUUUCUUCCAAACUAUCGAAGUUGCAUAAAAAUGGCCUACUCGACACUGGUGACCACAAGAUCCUAGAUUCAGAUGAUAAUGAUGAUGAUGACAGCGACAUGACCUUAAUGCGUGUUAAAAAAGAUACCGAUAAAGAGAGGCCGAUGGGCUUGGGUGAUGCAAUGAAUGAUAUUAAAAUCAGAUUUGAACGGGGUCAUAUGAUGGCAAAAGAAGAGCGUCGCGAAGAACGAAAACAGGAAAUUCAGAGCAUUCGUUCUCGACUAUUUAUGGGCAAACAGGCAAAGAUAAAAGAAAUGUACCAGCAGGCUGUUGCUGAAUCAGAACAAGGAAUCACUUCAUUGAGUAAGAUACCGGAUUCGGAAAUCGGUGUAGCAGCUCGUUCAAUUAAAGAUAGAUUUGAGAACGGUGAAAUGUUUAGUGAAAACAGUAUUCAAUCCAAAGAAGAAAGGAACCACAGUUUGGGAUUGCUAGAAGAUGCAGAUGUUUUCGAGUCUGCUAUUAGUAAAACAUCGCGUAGCAUCUUCAUGGAACUAGAUGCAAAUAUCAACACGAACGUCAAUGGAAUGAAUAAAAUACAGAAUAACAGACCAGAUAUCUAUAACAAAAUUCUGAUUAUCCCUAAUCAAAAUAUUGAACAAGAGAACCCCGAUGUAGAUAUUAUUAAAUCUGACGCAAAGGAAGAAGACGUUAAAGUAACUACAGCUGAGUUAAGUGAAAGGUUUAACUUUUUCGAAAAAUUUCGACCAAUCCAGAAUGAAAAACGUCAGUUUCGCAUGACACCACCACGUGAUGGCGUUGUCAAAUUGCCAACGCCGGACUCAGACGCUGACCUGUCAGAUGCAAAAAAAACUUCGUCUUUUAACGAUACUGUUCUGCAAAAAACUCAAACCGCAUCGAACAUUUUAAACAAGUUUCGCGAAUUAGAGGGCAAAAGCACUGAUGGCGUCGAUAAGCCGAGGAAACCCAAUCCACUUAAAUGCUUCACUCCCCCACCCGAAAAUAUUUAUAACUCUGAUAGAUCUGAAAGCGAAGAGGAGCAGGACAGUGACGACGAUGAAAGUGAAUUUGAAAAAGAUACCCCAAAAUCAAGUUGCAGUGAUCAAGCCCUCAAAGAGGCUCAGAUAGCAGCUCGGGCUAAGCAACUGCGCGCGAAAUUUGAAAAAUGGCAGAUCACCGAAAUGGAACGUGAGUUCAGCGAAGGGCGAAUAGACAUAUAUUCUCAACAGGUUUCCAAUGAUUCACUAGAAAGUGCAAAAACAAUUCGAGAACGCUUUGAAAAUAUGAAUAACAGUGAAACUCAUCCGCCACCUAUCCCACGGUAUCAAGUCAACCGUUUCGUCUAAUGAAGUCUUGAAACAAUUUACAUGUACUAUUUUUGUUGUUAAUCAACAAUCCGUCUUGCGGACUCGAACCCACAUUUUUUAAAUCUCAAAUAAAAAAUUAUGUAUAUUUACUUCAA